GCCAGGCACAGCCCCGGCUUCUGCAGGGCCUUAUUUGUCCAGUGCCAGUUUGAGCAGGUGUUGCCCUCCAAGUCAGGGCAAAUCUUCACAGACCGUUCUGUCCACACAGGAAGAGCAAGGAACCCCCACGGAACCCCCUGUCGGCCUCGGUGGUUGGAAACGUUGCGUUGGACCGCUGGUGAACUCUCCUGACAGAACGGGCAGAAGCGCCUCAAACGCGCACAGAACUGCAAGACCGUGAAAACCCGUCCUUCCUUAAAUCCUUCCAGUUGUGACUAGAGCUCUCCUUCCUUCAGGAAAUCAGACCUGACUCACCCGCCCGCCCACUGCCACCACCCCCACCCCGACUCACCCAACCAGCUUCCUCAUCGCCAUGGCAACCAAGGUCCUCCAGUCCUCCUCCGGGAGCAGGAUGGAGAUGUCGUCUUCCUCCACCACCACCACCACCUUCAGCUCAAGCUCUGGCACAAGCUCCAGUACAAGCUCCAGCACAAGCUCCAGCACAGUGCGCAAGAUCUCCCAGUCCUCCAAAAUCAUGGACGAGCACACUGGGCAGCGCAAGAUAUCAGCUGUCGUCGAGUCCUUCAGUCAAACGCAGAAGUCCUCUGAUAUCCCAGCCGGAGAGAGCAUGCCCGAUUUUGAGGAUAAGCCCCGCCCCAUCACAGUCCAAGAGGGGGAGAAGGCUACCUUCAGGGCGAAGGUGACCGGGCUCCCAAAACCCACUGUGACCUGGCAGAGAGAGAGUGGCCAGCCAUUAUCGGAGGGGACCAAGCCCUUCUUCGACAGCAUCAACAAGCAGGACAUUCUGCAGAUUAAAGCUGUUACUAUGGAAGACGCUGAUGUCUACAAGUGCAUCGCCUCCAAUGCUCACGGAGAGGCAAUCUACUCCAUAUCACUCGUUGUCACAGAAAAUACAGCACUGGAAUUUAAGAAGUUGUUGAAGAAACGGAGUGGCCCAGCAGUUAAGAAGGUGGAGAAGAAAGUGAUCACAGAGGAGGAGAUGCUGAAGAUUCUUUCGGGAGCCGAAAAGAAGGACUACGAGCGUAUCUGCGCUGAGCAUGGCUUCACCGACUUUAGGGGAAUCCUUAAGAAGCUGAAAGAGAUGAAGAAGAAAGUGGACGUAGAGCUGGUGAAAGUUUUGAAGCCACUGGAGGACAUCACGUCAAAGUCUGGGAAAACCAUAAUCUUCGACACCAUCCUGGAAUUGAAAGACCCCAACAUGAAGAUGGUUUGGCUUAAGGGCAAGGAGCCACUGAGGAUCCAGUACUCCCUGGGGAAGUACGAGCUGAAACAGAUGGGAACCAAGUACAUGCUGCACGUGGCCAACGUGUCCAUAGAGGAUAUAGGCUACUACACCCUGCAGGUUGGGGACAAGGUUCUCUCUGCCAGGCUCAACGUCAUCGACGAGCCGCUGAAGUUUCUGUCAGACCUGAAGCCGAUGCGUGUGACAGAGCGGCAGACAGCUGUGUUCGAGGUGCGUCUCUCCAAGAAGACCGACGAGCCGCCGGUGUGGAAGUUCAAAGGGAAGGAGCUGAAGAGGGAUGAGAAGAUGGAUGUGACCGUGUCCGAGGACGGGCUGACCUACACCCUAAAGAUCAAGGACGUCCGCCCCAGCGACACUGGCGAUUACACCAUGUGUUUGGGAGAUCUGACAGCCACCGCACCCCUCUUUAUAGAGAGGAUCCCCAUUAAGUUUGUGAGCCACCUGAAGAACGUGCGGGUGAAGGAGAAGGGCAAGGCGCGUCUGGAGUGCGAGAUGAGCUCCAAGGACGUGCACAUCCGGUGGCUGAAGGACGGCCGUGACAUCACCAACGACCCGCGCUUCACCUUCAUGCGCGAGGGCAAGCGGGCCGAGAUCAUCAUUGACGACUGCGACCUGGCCGACUCUGGGGAGUACGCCAUUGUGUGUUCUCAGGACAACGACUCCAAUGAGUACGUCAGCUCCUCCAACCUCACUGUGGAAGAGCGCUUUGCCACAGUGAAGAGCGGGCUGUCCGACGUGCAGUGUCCCACAGGCUCCGAAACAGAGCUGUGCGUCGUUCUCAACGACGAGAAGGUGGAAGGGGUAUGGCUGAAGGACGGAAAGGAGGUGGACAUGAGUGACGUUCAGGUGGUGAAGCAGGGGGCUGUGCACAAGCUGAUCUUCAGCAAGGUGGGCGCUCACCACGAGGGGAAAUACACCUUCCGCAGCAAGGGAGCCGAGAGCGAGGCCGUGCUGGCUAUCGCAGACCCCCCGGUCAUUGACCCCUCUGUUCUGGAGCUCCUGGCUGCCAACCCCGUCACAGUGAAAGCGGGGCAGACCGCCCAUAUCAAGAUCCCCUUCAAGGGUAAGCCCCUUCCCAAGGUCACCUGGUUCAAGGACGGGAUCGAGAUGACGGCGGACGAGCGCACGGUGGUGGAGCGCGAGCAUGAUUCCACCACGCUGGUGCUCACCAAGUGCGUGCGCGAGGACAGCGGCGCCAUCAUGCUCCGCCUCAAGAGCGACGCGGGUACCGCCAUCGCCAACCUGCACCUCAACGUCAUCGACCGACCGAAGCCCCCGCAGAAAGUGGAGUUCCUGGAACGCACAGGCAAGUGCAUCACCAUGAAGUGGAAGGCGCCGCGCGACAACGGCGGUAAGCAGGUGACCAGCUUCGUCAUCGAGCGCCGCACGUCAGGCAAGAAGUCCUGGAUCAAGGUGGGGGAGGUGGACAGCAAAACCACCACCUUCAGCAACGACAAGGUGGAGGAGGGACGGGCCUACCAGUACCGCAUCCGUGCCGUCAACUCGGAGAACCAGAGCGACCCCCUGGAGACAGAGGAGGUGUUCGCCGGAGAGCCCAUCGAACCCCCCGGCAUGGCGUCCCAGCCCCAGAUCGCAGACGUGACCAAAGACGCAAUCACGGUGACUUGGACGCCCCCUGCUGAGGACGGGGGAGCUCCAGUUCUGGGGUACAUCAUCGAGAGGAGGAAAAAGGGGAGCAGCAUGUGGGUACCCGUCAACAAGGAGCUGGUGCAAGACACCAAGUACACAGUGGACGGGCUGGUGGAGGACAUAGAGUACGAGUUCCGGGUCACAAGCGUGAACAGGGCGGGAGCUGGCACCCCCAGCACCACCUCCAACUCUGUCAUCGCCAAGGACCCCAUCCGUGCCCCAGGCCUGGUGAAAGACCUCCAUGUGACCGACUCUUCAAACUCCUCCAUCUCCCUGGGCUGGAGCCCCCCUGAGCUGGGGGACGCGCCCUCGGGGUACAUCCUGGAGGUGCGCGCAGAGGACGCCAAGGAGUGGACCAAGUGCACCAAGAUCCCCAUCACCGGCACCAGCUACAACGUGGGGGGUCUACAGGAGCGCAUGAAGUACUUCUUCCGUAUCCGAGCGGUCAACGAGGGGGGCAUCGGCGAACCCAUUGAACUGGACAAGGGAGUGCUGGCUAUGCCACCCCCAGCUGCUCCAAAGUUUGAUCUCCAUGGGAAAAUGAAGAACCAGAUGGUGGUUCGAGCAGGAAUGGUACUUUGUAUCCAUGUCAACUUCACGGGCUCCCCCCCACCAGUCGUGACCUGGAUGAAGGAUGGAAUACCCACCAAGGGGCGGGAGGCCAUCACCAAGGGCAAGAAGCACUCCCAGUUCCUCAUAAGCUCCGCCCACCGCUCUGAUACCGGCUUGUACCGUGUGCACCUGCGCAACGACUACGGAGAGGUGCACUACGACAUCCACGUACAAGUCCUAGACUUCCCUCGCCCCCCCAAGGACCUGCGGUUGAUGGAGGAGGUGCCUGGGACAGUGACCUUGCACUGGGAACACACCCCUGACCUGGCAGAUGACCCCAACACCCAUUACAUCAUCCUGAAACGGGAUGUCAGCACGGCAACCUGGUUCACUGCCGCUGAUCGCGUCUUCAGCAAAAAGUACACUGUGACUGGCCUUCUGCCUGGACGCAAGUACUACUUCCGGGUCAUCGCUCGCAACGAAAUUGGGGACAGCGACCCCCUGGACACCAAGGAGCCGUUCUCUAUUGCUAAGGAGAAAGAGCACCUGUCACUGCAUAUGAAGGAGUACAAGCCCAAGGAUGUGAGCAUGAAGCCCGAGUUCAUCCUGCCGCUGAAGGACCACGCGGUCCGCUGCGGUCACGACUGCACCAUGAGCUGUGCCUUCCUGGGCAGUCCUCCACCCCAGGCGUCCUGGUACAAGGGCGACGUCAAGAUCUCCGACGGGCCCCGAUUCUGGCAGUCCACCGCCAACGGCGUGUGCACCCUCACCAUCCCCACCUGCAAUGCCAAGGACAACGGGGACUACACCCUGGUCCUGGAGAACCCGCUGGGCAAGGCUCAGUGCAAAUGCAGCUUGGUCAUAUUCGACAAGGAUGACAAGAGUAUUCUGGACAAGCUGAUAGAGGCCAGGAAAGGAAAGCACAUCCUGUGAGGAGGACAGAGUUGACAGAUAGGGGGUGCUGUUGUUCACACUCACCCCACUCCAAAACUCCAGCCCCAGGAUGAGACGAUUCUGAAAAGAAAAUCUCCAGUGAACCCCUCUCCUCACCCCCCACCUCCACCCCCACCCCCCCUCCCUAUUUUCCCUCUCCUUAUCAUUCUGUUGCAUUUGAAGAUCACUGAAUGGUGAUCUCCAAUACAGGGGCAAAAUAAAGUCUUAGAUAAUUUAGAGUGAGCUUUUGUGGCCUGCAGUAUUCAUUGUGAAUGAAAAUAUACACACAAAAAGCUUUGUUUCCUGUACCGCCUUAUUGACAGAUGGCAAGUGAUCAUGCUUUGAAAGUGUUUUCAUGUAAAUCCAUGGCCUGAGGGACAUAAUCAGCCUCACAACAAAUCACACUCAGUACCAAUCAACCUCAGUAUCAAUCACACUCAGUGUCAAUCAUCUGACAUACCAAUCACCUGAAGUACCAAUCACAUGUACUUUCAACCAUCUAAAGUACUGAUCACACAUGGUACCAAUCACCCUGAGCAUAUAUGUCACUGAAUUCCAUUCAAACUCAGUAUCAAUAACCCUCAGUACCAAUCACACUCAGUAAUGAUCAUACUUAGGACCACUGAGCUAGGCAGUUCUCUAAUCAAAGGAGUACUUCAGUGUGACUCACGUUCAGUCUCCUGACAUGGUUCCACAAUUUAUAUAAAGAUACACAAGAAAGAAAAAAAAA